AUGACGGAUCUGUAUGCUUUCAGCAGAAUUUUAUUUUCUCUCAAAUAUGCAUGGGAUGGAGAGGCAAGAGGGAGCAAGGCAUACACCAGGAAUCCACAGGAGGGAGAGACGAUGCAGGAUCCAGCGCAAGUGAGGGCGCCGCGGCAGAGGGAGCAGAAACCUAACGGCAGAGAUGACGAGGCGACGGAGGCAUGCGAGUCCAGACAGAAGCGCCGGCGCACAGGCGUGACAAGCGAAACGGAAAAUGCAAAUAAAUAUGGAGAGGGGCGUAGGGAAGAUAAUACCCGCGAGCCAGACUCAGGAGAGGGAGGACAGCGGCGCGUUUCAACACCGUGGCUGCUCGCGUCGCUGCUUCUCGAGGAGUGUCCCUUUGAUGUGCUGGAGUCUGAGACAGAAGAAGAGCUCCUUUUGCAUCGGAUUGCGGCGCUGCCUCGUCCUCCCCAACUCCGUGCGGCUGUAGCGGCGGAGCUUUUCCCUCCUCUUCUCCGCGGCUCGUCAUGCCCACGCUCGUCGUCGCCUGUUAGAUCCGCCAUCCAGCCUUCGUCAAAGGGCUCAGUCUCCUCUGCUUCUUCUUCCUCUGCGCGAGUCCGUCGCGCCUGGUCUUCCGCUUCGCUCUCGCAAACCGCGUCCGCCACAUCAUCUUCUGAGUCUCCGCGUCGCGCGCCGUCUGUUUCGUCCGCAGAGUCAUUCUCCUCUUCUUCAUCUCCGCACUCUCGUCUUCCGCCGCCUUCGCUUUCCCGGCGAGCUGCUGCAGACUCCAAGGAGUGGGCGCCGAGCGAAAGCGUCUCUGGGGCCUCUGAGAGCGCCUCGCCACCGUCGUCUCUCUCUCUCUCCUCGGCGUCCUCUGCGUCACGUUCGCUGUCUGCGUUGCCCGCCACGACGGCCCUGCAGCUCGAUGGCGGGCUGUCGAGCGAGCCGCUUUCGCUCUCUUCCUUUGUGAGCGAGGCGUUGUCUCGUGCGUCGCUGUCGGCGGAAUCCAGACACGGCAGUGCCUCGACUGGAAGGCAGGACGGAGGCCUCGACGAAGAUGCAACUGCUCCGACGAGCCCUGAUCAAACGCAGCGGAUGCCCGCCUUGGCUGCCGAUUCUUGGCGUGCGUCGAUGUCGGGUAGUCUCGCUGCUUCUGCCUCGGCGGCAUGCCGCUCGGUCGCUCCUGCUUCCGCGGGCUCAGCGUCACCUUCUCCGCGCCUCUGGCUUCCUCCGGGAAGCGCAGCGGAUGCGAGUGGGAGUCGAGCCGCGGCCACUGCGAAGGCGCUUUCCGUCACCUCGCCUGCGUCUCCGCUCGCGUGGAGCCCAGCGGCGUCGAUGCCCGCGGAGACUGCUCUGUCUCCGACUCAGCUGCCACCGCCCGCUUAA